AUGCUUCAGUCCAAUGACAACUUUCAAAUUCGAUCAGCUGGAGAUUUUGAUCAGAUUUGUUUAAAACUUGAUCAUAGUAUCCAUAUCACAUGUUUUACCGAUCCAUCAUCAGAGUCUUUAUCAAUCGAUGCGCUGCAUGAUCUGCGAAUAUCAAAAAUGACAAAUAAAGAUUCGUUGACAAAUGCUCAAUGGACUCAAAUUCGAGAUUACUUCGACGGACUCGUUCAACAAUCUGAUCGUAAUACUUCUCUCUGUUCGAUUGUUGAAUCUGUUCAAGAUUAUCUUUCUAAAAUCUUAAAUGAAGACUCUAAAUCUCGUUCAUCGUCAUCAUUGACAACAUCGAGAACAGAUGCAUCAACACCUGCGGAAAAGUUUCGAGGAGCGGAUUUGAUUUUCAAUCGCCUAACAUACGAUCCAACCAUUGAUCAUUCGAAAGUUACCAUCGGCUAUGAAGAUCGUUUCACCGGUAUACAAGAAAUCGCAUUUAAUGACUUCAAAAAAGUCCAUGACGAUAAAUGUGGUAUUCCUAUGCAUCGAAUUCGUUAUUAUAAAAUCGAUGGCGAGGUCGUUUGGGAUCGCGUGAAGAAGGUGGAUAUUUUAACUGGGAAUAAAAUUAAUGUUGAAACGCCUACUGAUAUUGGAGAGCAACCAAUGAAUCUAGUGGAAGGAAUGUAUGAGUUCGAUCAAUCGAAUCAUCGAUGGAACUUAUGUCCACAUGUGAAUUUAGCGUCAGAUAAUACGAGGGAACCAUCUUCAAAUAAUAUGUGCAUUCCCGAGCGAUGUCAAAUUAUAACAUGGAAUAUUCUUUUCGAUUAUUAUCAUUCCGACUCGAUUUAUACAUACCUUCGAUAUCCUGAAAUUUUGAAAACAUUGAAAUCAUUCUUACCGGAUAUUAUAUGUUUACAAGAAAUUACUUUGGAUUUUCUCACUCUGCUUAUGCGUGAACUAUGGGUGCAAGAAAACAAUUACUAUAUUAUAAUUAUGGAAAGUAUUGUCAACCGUAGACAUGAACAAACGUUUGGACAAAUCAUUCUGACGAAAAAUUUUCGAGCACGAGCAUUCACAGUCUGUCCCGUUCAAUUAUUCGAAAAUGCAUCAAGAAGAAGAUAUACCAAGGAAUACAUUAUCGCGCGAUUUGGACUAAACUCGCAAGUCACAAUCGAUCUGGUUAAUCUUCAUUUACACAGUGAUUGUUCGCACAAUGCUGUAGAUAAACGAUGCCAAGCGUUAAAAUAUUUAUUUCAAACGAUGGAUACACAAAAUUAUAUGUUGAUUGGAGAUUUCAAUUUUGGUGAUCAUCAUUGGCAAGAACAGUAUCUCCUCCAGAAAUAUCAAUAUCAAAUACAUGAUCUAUGGAGAGACAUUUACGACAUUGAAGAAAAUCCGGGUUAUACAUUUGAUCCAUUGCGUAAUUCUUGUGCGAAAAUAACAUCCAAAUCGUCAGAAAGUCAUCGUCUCGAUCGAUAUCUACUUCAUACAUUACAUAAUCUUUCCUAUUCCAUUGAACAUAUGAAUAUGAUCGGUCUCGAAACGAUUUCCGUUGAUUCGCAAAGUAACAAACGUCUCAAUCAAUCGGAUCAUUUCGGAUUAAAAUUAAAAAUUCACUUUCGAACACGACCAGUUAGUCAUCGAUCUAUGCUCGCCAUUGCACUUCCGAUGAAGAUGGACUCAAUGAUUGAAACUUUUCGUGAACAGUAUGAUCCAAUGAUGAAACAAUCGCCGUUACAUGUCAAACUCUUCUGGCCAUUCUUUGAGUUAGUCAAUAAUGAAAAUGACGAAGAAAGUAUUCUUCUUCCGUUGAGAUUAUUGCUUGGUCAAUAUCAAUCGUUUGAAAUAAUCGUUGAUGAAGUCGACUCAUCAGCAGACGAUCGUACGAUAAUGUUAAAAAUGAAUUUACAAUCAGCAAAAUCCUUGAAAGCAUUACAUGCACAGAUUCAGCAACUCUUUCCACAAUGUUUAUUAUUGAAUGAGCAGCAAUUUAAUCCACAUAUCAUCAUUGCACAGUUUGAUACCAGUAAAAGAUUAAACCAAGCUAAAUCAACAUUAAAUUUCUCCAAUUCAAUUCGAUUCCCUGUACAGUAUAUUUCUGUUUUACAGCGAACAGACGUAAAUGAUACAUCGCCAUUCAGUGUAACUCAUCAAUUACCAUUAGGUCCAGUGCUUGAACCUAUAAGUCGUAAUCAACUGUAUGGAGUCGAUAGUAGUAUGAAAGAAUUCUUUACAAAAAUGAAUCUUUACAAGAAUGAACAAUCUUAUGAGCGUAAAUGCAAGAAAUCUAACCGAUUGUCGCUUUGUUUCGAGGAAAUUCUAAAUGAGAAUACGUUACAUUGUUACAGAUGUCUCUGUUUUUCGUACGGAAGUUUUCGUUUGGGUUUGCAUGGCGACGAUCUCGACAUUGUCUUUGUUGUCGCUGAGAACGGAUCUCUCGAUAAUCCAACAGUUCUUGACCAAACAUUUCUUCGAUUGAGAUACGAUUCAUCUGCACUAACAAAUCAUGUCUCAGAUCUACUCGAAAAGCAAAUAUCUCACUUUUUCAAUAAUGAAAUCAUCUAUAGUCGAAGAAUUCAAGCCGUCUAUCCGAUUCUCUCGAUUUUAUUCACUGAUCAAACGAAAGUAGAAAUAUUCAUAGAAAUCAAAGAAGCUUCCAUACUGAAAGAAACAAAUUUACUAUCAAAUUUUCACGAACCAAUACAUGGAGUUCACGAUAUCGAACGUCUUGUGGUAUAUGUUCGUUAUCCACCCAUCUUUCAGUAUCUAUUAACAUUCAUUCGCACUUGGGCUCAAAAUACCGGUCUCUACGGUCAGGUCUAUGGUUAUCUGGGUGGUUACUCAUGGGCAAUCUUAUGUGCAUACAUCUGUCAUCAACAUCUGCCCAAAAAUCAAAUCUGUUUUUCCAUUGAACAGUUAUUUGACUUAAUCAAACUAUUCUUUUCGUUUUAUGCACAUUUCAAUUGGCCACACGACUCGAUUCAUUUACCGAUGAAACUUCGUUAUCUCGACGAAACAUCAGAAGUUAGUCGUGGGUCAAUGCGUAUCUUAUGCCCAACUCCACCAUUUAACAACAGUGCACGUUCUACGACUACUUCGACUCGUGAUCUGAUCAUUCAAGGUUUUCAGCAAGCAUAUGAAAUACUGGAAAAAACAGCUAAUUAUGAAGAUAUUCUUCGUCUUCCCAAUCAAUUUCCUCAUAAAACAAUCCAAUCUAUAAUUCAAUUGACACUAUCCGGUCAAACAAUAAACGAAUUGGAGCAUUGGCUUGGCUACAUGAAAUCUCGCUUAGCCCAUUUCUCAACCGAUUGCGAAGAGGAAUGUCAUUUAUUUGUACAGACUGAUACAAAAACUGAAAAACGUGAUACAGAUCUCGAACGAUUUUACUCCGUUGGUUUUCAAGUCGAUGAACAAGUUCUCAGUCGUCAUCGACAAUUCUAUUACGUAUUCAAUAAAUUUCUCGAUGAAUUCAAAAUAGAUAUGUUAUCGAAUACGUUUGCUCGUUUCCUUACAGCUGUCCGUCCGAUUCGUCAUUGUCAACAACAUUUACUUCGCUCAUUGAGCACUGCUGACACUAGUUCAACACAAACCUCAUCGAACGAACGUGAAACAGGAAUUGUUAAACGCUUUUCGAAAGACAAAGGUUAUGGCUUUAUAUCAAAAAACAGUGACGGAAGCGACUGUUUUGUUCAUUUCAAGAAUAUCAAUUCCGCUGGAUUCAAAACAUUAGAACAAGGACAAGAAGUCGAAUUUUCAAUUGUACAAGGUGAAAAAGGAGUCGAAGCCAGAGAUGUAACAAUCACGAAACCGAGCUCGAGUCGUUCGUCGUUUUUUGGCGGCUCAUCAAACAAUGAUUCGACUUCAUCGAAAUUCGGUUUCGGUGCUAAUGCACGAAACCAAUCAUCAUCAACAGCAUUCAGUUUCGGUGGCACUAAAUCCUCUCAGUUGCAUUCUACUGGACGCGAUUCGACAUCAGCGGGCAAAUCGUUCGAUUUCACUUCGGGUUUAACAAGUUCAAAAACAGACAAUCUCUUUUCUUCGAGAAGAACAGCAGCAAGUGGUGAACGAGAAAUAGGUUCAGUGAAACGAUGGACAGAAGAACGUGGAUUUGGCUUCAUUCGUCGAAAUAACGGUGGUCCAGAUCUAUUCUGUCAUGCACGAAGUCUUAAAAAUGGCCUACGAUCAUUAACUGAAGGUCAGACAGUUCAAUUUACAAUUCAACAAACAGAUAAAGGUGAAGAAGCGCGCAAUGUGACCAUUUUCGAUGAAAAUGAUUCUUCAUCUGACUCUCGGGAAAAUAUCAAUCCUGAGCAACGUUAUACAGGCACUGUUCGAAGAUGGUUACCAGAAAAAGGUUAUGGAUUUCUACGACGUGAUGAUGCGGGAACCGAUGUAUUCAUUCAUCUAUCCAAUUUACCCGAAGGAACCACAUCUUUAGAAGAAGGUCAACAAGUCGAGUUUAAUAUCGUAUCCGGUGGCAAAGGUGUUACGGCAGAGAAUUUAACUAUUAAUAGUGAAGCUUAG